AUGUAAUAGAAGGAAGUAUACAUAAAUUUUACUUAAAGGAUUCAUAAAUAUUUAGUGCAUCCCCAAGGAACAAAACAGAAAGAUUAGCUAGCUCAUAAGUUGUCGCUUUGAGAUCUAUAUAAAAAGCUAUUAAGUAUAAGAUGAUGAUCAUUACAGAAAAUAGGACUUGAGUGUUAUUUUAGGUUCUCUAAAUAAUUAUAAUGGAUCCCCAUCAUAAUAAAAUGAUAGUGUAAAAAUGUAUAGGAAACCUAGUUUUAAUUGUUUUAGAUGGAAGAACGAGAAGUCCAUUAAAAAUUAGGUGAAUUAAGAAAAGAAUAUGAUGCAUAUCAUACAUAAUCAUUAAGAGCUGAUAAAGAAAUUUAACAAUUCAAAGUAAAUAAUGAAUGUUUACAUUUAGGAUUAAAUAUAAAAGUUAAGUUUAGAAGAAGCUGAACUAAUAGACAAUGCAACUUGGUUAACAAAAGAAUUGGAGACAUCAAAAAGUGAUUAUAUACUUGCAAAAUAAAGAUUUGAAGAAAGUUAAAUGAGUGAAAAAUCUUAUAAUCAUGUAUUAAGUAGAUUAAAACAUGAUGUUCUAUGUUUUAAGAAAAAAGUUAAUGAAAUGGUAGAUAUGCUUCACAAAAUUAAAGCAGAAGCCUAAUAAGCUGAUUUAAAGUAAUGGGAGUCAAUUUAACUUAAUUAAAUGACUAGAAAGUUAUGUGAUGAAAUGAUGAACGUAUUUUGUAUAAAACAAAUAUUAGAAUAUUGAAAUUGAAAAAAAUAAUAGGAAACGAUAAAUAGCUUAGUAUAAUUAAUAAAUAAAAGUAUAAUUGGCUGCUAAAGAAAAAAGAAAUGAAAGAAUGAUGAAAUAAAAAGAAAUAGCUGAACAUGCAAGCAAUGAUAAAGAUGCAAAUGAAGUUUAUUCUAUAUAUCAAACUUAUUUUAGAAAAAAUGGAGAAGAUUAUUAUUGACUCAUAAAGUUGUACAUUCACUAUUAAAAAAUAAAAUGGAAAAAGAAAUGAAAAAAUUUUAAAUAGUUGAAGGAGCAUUUCAAGAAAUAAAAACAGCCACUGGAAUCUAAGAAGCUUAAGAUAUUGUUUAAAAGUUUUUAACUAAAGAAUCUACCUAUGGUUCAUUAUUAGGUAAUAUUCUUAAAAUUGAUUAUUAGGUACUAUUGCUGAAAGUGAAAAAAAGAUUGAUCAUUUGAAAAGGAAAAACGAAAAUUUAAAGUAUUUUUAUAUAUAACUUUAGAAAUAAAUUACAAUCAUUAAAGGAUGAAGUAUAAGUAAUGGAAAUGAGUGCUAAACCCUCUAAAAAAGGUGUAGAUUCUGAAUUUUACAAAUAAUUUUAUAAUGUUGAUGAAAAAGCAAAAAAAGCAGAAAUCAUGAAAUAGAAACUUUAUACUUGGAGUAUUAAAAUGUUAUCUAAAUUGGAAAAAUCAAAGUUUUCACAAUAAGAUGAUAGAACAAAUUUACAUAUCUUAUAUCCAAGAGGCAAAGAUGUAGAAUUAUUUGAAUAUUUACAAAAAAUAAUAAUUGAAGACAUUGAUUCUUCUAAACCAGAAGUUAUUUAUUAAUUAUAUAUUAUAGGAAAUAUUAUAAAUUAUUGGAGAAGUAAAUAGAUCUUAAAUUAGAAAUGAUACUUUAAAUGAAGAAUACUUAAAAAAAAAUGUUAGAGUUAAAUACAAAAAACCAACAUAGAGAGAAAAUCUCAAAAGAACUAAAUCUAUGGAUUCUAAAGCUGAUUUAAGUAACAGAAGUUUUAGUUAAUUUGGUUAAUCAAGUGAUUCUAGUCCUGAGUAAUCUUUUUAUGAAUCUGAAUCAGAUGGGAAUACAAUUGAUGAAAAUAGUGAAAAAAAUCAUUUUAAUUAACUAAUAGAUGAGGCUAAAUAAAUAAAAAAGACAAAGAAAAAGGAUGAAAAUGCUUAUGGAAAAAAUUGA